AUGACCCUCCAACGUCCUCCUCGACAGAGACGCUCCUCCAGUAUUGGGCAAAGAGAUGCGUCUGCAUGCCGGUUGCAGUCGAACAGUAGUACUGAUGCGCAGCGGGGAGUCAUUCAGAAGCCCAGGCGGAGAACUGGGGCAAAAUCUCGGAGCGGCAAGGGACAGAGACGAAACGCGCGGGUUAAGAUAGCUAAGGAGCUCGAGAAGAGAGUUGAGGGGAUGGGACCCGAGGCUGCGUUGCUCCAGCAGCGUGAACUUCUCGGCCUACCCGCGAAUCCGCCCAACGUGGCGGCCGUCCGCGUCGACGCCGGGACGCCGCCCGCGAAGGCUAAACGUAGAGGCCGGAGGAAUACAAGGGACAAGGAGAGGUAUAUGGACGAUUUCCUACUCUCUGAUGAAGAGGAAGGAGGGGGGGCGCAUCGAGAAGACGAGGGGGGCGACCGGCUGCAGAGAGCAGACCGAUGGCUCCCCGACGUGGAGCACCGAAGACGGCCGAGCGAGAAGCCCAAGAAUAUACCCCAGUCACUGUGGAUGUCGUACUGCCUCAUGGACGAUUACAUCUACAGGUACAGCCUGAGCGACGAUGAAGUUCGAGCGCUGCCUCUCAUGGACGACAUAUACAAUUUCCAGAACGGCGGUCCGCAGCCAAUAACCCCGGCCGGGUUCCAAUGGGACAAGAAUGGGACGCUUGUGCCUGUCCAGGAUAGUGGAAGAUGCUGA